AUGGGCUACGGGCUUAUGUUUGAGAAUUCAUGUGAAGUUGGUGUCUUUUCAAAACUCACUAAUGCUUAUUGUUUGGUUGCCAUUGGAGGUUCUGAGAGCUUUUAUAGCACAUUUGAAGCUGAAUUAGGAGAUGUUAUUCCUGUUGUUAAAACUGCCAUUGGAGGAACUAGAAUCAUUGGUAGACUUUGUGCAGGAAACAAAAAUGGACUUCUAUUGCCCCAUACUACUACUGAUCAAGAACUUCAACACUUGAGAAACAGUCUACCUGAUCAAGUUGUGGUUCAGCGAAUUGAUGAGAGAUUGUCAGCCUUGGGAAAUUGUGUAGCUUGUAAUGACCAUGUUGCUCUAACCCACACUGACCUUGACAAGGAAACGGAGGAAAUGAUUGCUGAUGUUCUUGGAGUAGAAGUGUUUAGGCAGACAGUUGCUGGUAAUGUUCUUGUGGGCAGCUACUGUGCUUUCUCCAAUAGAGGUGGCUUGGUCCAUCCCCAUACAUCCAUUGAAGACUUGGAUGAACUUUCAACCCUCCUUCAGGUGCCUUUAGUGGCUGGAACCAUAAACCGUGGCAGUGAAGUGAUAGCUGCUGGCUUGACUGUGAAUGACUGGACUGCAUUUUGUGGGUCAGAUACUACUGCUACUGAACUUUCAGUCAUUGAGAGUGUUUUCAAGUUGAGGGAAGCUCAGCCAAAUGCCAUAGUGAAUGAGAUGAGGAACUCUUUGAUCGACAGCUAUGUAUGA